GGGAAGGAGGAGGCGACCUCCGCGUGCGUUGAUUGGACGCGAGGCCGCCGCCGGAGGAGGGAAACAGUCAAAUUGAUACUUUGUUUUCUCCGCCCGAUGGGCCUCAAUGUAACAAAUAAAAGAUACAGUAACUCUCCAGAUGAUGGCCUACCUUCUCUUUAAAUCAUAUGGAGAAUUGGCUAAACCACUCCCUUACACAUUCUCACCUCUCUCUCUGGUUUGAAAGUGCCAAGAUGUCAGAAAGUACAGUGGAUCUCACUAAAUUUAACAUUGAUGCACCUCGUUGGGAUCAGACAACUUUUGUGGGCAGGCUUAAGCACUUUUUCAACAUCACAGAUCCUCGCACAGUGUUAAUGUCAAAUGCAACCCUCGACAAAGCCAAGGAUCUGGUUGACAGUUUCAGAGCAGGGUCUGUGCCUCCAGGUACGACAGAGGAGCAGUUACACUAUGCGAAGAAACUGUACGACUCUGCAUUUCACCCAGACAGUGGAGAAAGGAUGAAUUUAAUUGGGCGAAUGUCAUUUCAGGUCCCUGGUGGAAUGGCUAUCACUGGCUUCAUGCUGCAGUUUUACAGGACAGUUCCAGCAGUGGUGUUUUGGCAGUGGGUGAACCAGUCAUUUAAUGCCUUGGUCAAUUAUACCAAUAGGAACGCAGCUUCGCCAAUUACUACAAAACAAAUAGGAGUAGCGUAUUUGACGGCAACCAGCACUGCCCUAGCAACUGCAGUUGGACUGAAUCUAUACACAAAGAAAGCUCCCCCUUUAUUGGCACGCUGGGUCCCUUUUGUUGCCGUGGCAGCUGCUAACUGUGUGAACAUUCCAAUGAUGAGACAACAGGCUGUAAAGUUCCUGCUCCCAAUUAGUGACCUGGGUUUGACAUGAUGAAUUUGUGCGUUUGCUGAAGAUAGGAUAUCUCUGCCGAGAUGGAUACAAAACGGUGCUGGGCUACUGACUUGA